AUGAAAGGAGAUGUCCCACUGGUGGCUAAAUCACCUCCUACAGAACCCGAAGCAUCACUUCCUGAACCCGGCACCAUGAAUGUUCUAGAUGAAAUUCCAAAAGAUGAACCGCUUUAUACCGAGGAAAUUCAAUUAUCAUCUUAUGAAUUCGAACAAUCCAAGCAAAAUAUUAAUGUGAAACAGUCUGUUAGGCCGCAAAGGAAGAAAUUGAAUAAAUCGAGGCGAAGAAUAUUUUACAACAGACGAAAAUCAAAAAAUAAAAAGUCAGCAGAGGAAGUGGAUGUAAAGGAAGACCUACCUCGUCUGAAACUCACUAUUGGUUUGUACGAAAUGAAUACUUGGUAUAACUCUUCAAUCCCAUCGGAAAUAGCUUCCAAUCAACAUUUAUUUGUUUGCGAAAAAUGUUUGAAUUUCAAAGCAAGCGCUGAAGCUCUUCAGCGACAUUUGCGAAAGUGUAUCGAAGUUUAUCCCCCUGGUAACGAGAUAUUUCGACAAGGUCAAUUAUCAAUAUUUGAAGUUGAUGGCGAAAUCUCAAAAAACUAUUGUCAAAAUCUUUGUACGGUUGCAAAGCUUUUUAUCGAUCAUAAAACAUUAUUAUAUGAUGUGGAGCCUUUUCUGUUUUAUGUUGCUACAUUGUCGGAUUCUUAUGGUUGUCAUAUAGAAAAAUUUUCCGCUCAAAAAAAUAAUUUGUCUUGUCUACUUACCUUUCCAUGUUAUCAUAAAAGAGGAAUUGGGCGUUUCCUCAUUGAUUUUAGUUUCUUAUUGUCUCGGAAAGAAAAACUUCUUGGUACUCCUGAAAAACCGCUAUCUGAACUAGGUCGAGUAGCAUAUCGCAGUUAUUGGCGAGCAGCUAUAUUGGAGUUUUUCCAUUCCUUUGUGGAAAGCAAAAAUCAAUCCAUAAGUAUUCAUGAUGUGGCUGAAUAUACUGGUAUAUCUUACAUCGAUGUUAUUCAGACAUUAUCUGAUAUGCAAAUGCUUGAAAUCGAAGAUGACUCAGUAUCGUUGAUUCUAAACACCAGUUUAAUGCAGUCUUAUAGGGAAAGUGUAAAAAAGGAUGAAACUAGGAUAUGGAUUGAUGAAAAUAAUUUAAAGGCGAUGGGAACCGAAGGAUUUUACGAAUCCAAAUGGAGAUAUGGACCAAUAAUGAAGCGAUCACUGUCUCAUUUCUUUUGUACAGGUUAA